GUGCGACGACUCUCAGAACAUCAACAUGAAGUUAUUGGUGUGCUUGGUAUUGACGCUGGCUUCUCUGGUUUCCAGCGAGAAGAUCCUCAACUGUUACUGGGGAACAUGGGCCAACUAUCGUCCUGGGGAUGGUAAAUUCGAGCCCUCGAACAUCGAUCCCAGCCUGUGUACUCACAUCAGUUACACCUUCUUUGGCAUUGAGGCGUCGGGAGAGUUCAAGUCCUUGGACACAUGGCUCGACAUGGACGAUGGACUGGGUUUCAUUAGCAAAACCAUUGCCCUGAAGCAGAAAAAUCCCAAGUUGAAAGUCUUGGCAGUUGUGGGUGGAUGGGGCGAGGGGUCGGAAAAAUAUUCGGCCAUGGCUGCAGAUCCAGCAAAACGCUCUAGAUUCAUAUCCUCCACAUUGGCAUUCAUCCGGCAACACGGCUUCGAUGGUCUGGACUUGGAUUGGGAAUAUCCAGCACAACGCGGUGGCGGUCCUCAGGAUAAACAGAACUUUGUAACCCUUUUGCGGGAGAUUAAGGAAGCAUUUGCCCCCUACAAUUUGGAAUUAGGCAUUGCUGUAGGCGCCUCUGAAGCCUCCGCGCAACAAUCGUAUGACAUUCCCGCCAUUUCCAAGCAUUUGGACUUCAUUAAUGUGAUGACCUACGACUUUCAUAUGGCAUUCGAUGGCUAUUUGGGCUUCAAUGCACCCUUCCCCGAAGUGGAGCAGUCCAUCGACUACUGGCUACGUCAAGGUGCUCCGGCCCAGAAACUGAUCCUUGGCAUCGGAUUCUAUGGUCACAGCUACCAGAUGGCAGACAGCUCCCAGAACCGACCAGGCGCCCCCUGCACAGGAGCCGGAAAUGCUGGCCCAUUCACUCAACAGAGUGGAUUCCUUGGCUACCACGAGAUUUGCAUGAACAACUGGCAGACUGUGUUUGACGACCAAGCCAAAUCUCCGUACGCCUUCCAAGGGGAUCAGUGGGUUGGCUUCGACAACGUCCAGAGUAUUGAGCUCAAGAUGAAACUGGUGGACUCACGCAAAUUGGGUGGUGCCAUGACCUGGUCUAUUGAGACCGAUGACUUCCACGGUCGCUGCGGAGAGAAAUUCCCCCUCCUCAAGGCAAUGAACAGAGGCUUGGCAAGAACAAUCAUUUGAAUUUCUUCAGCUGCAACUGGUCCGAGCUAAUCAAAUGUAAUAACUUUUGCCUUCAUGCUUACAUAUACGUACAGUAUUAUCAAGGACGCAGCUAGGUAGGGAAAUGGACUGAAAGCAUUUUUUAAAUCUUAAAAAUUUUUUUUUAAAUAUACAUAUAAAAUAUAUGUUUGAGAAAUUC